AUGCUUUAUUUACAGUCCGAACACCUCUCCUCUGGUCGACCGAUAAUAAUCGACGAGACUUAUCCAUCACCAGAGACUACAGCCUUACACGAAGGAGGGUACGAGGGAGCCCUUGUGCCCCGGGCGGAUUCCCCGACAGAUAUUCUGUCAAUGUCUGCCUACGGGAAACCGCAACCACCACAGCUCCAUGGCUACGAAACUGGACGACCAUAUUCCGAGAACGCAUUUCCAUACUCAACGCCUCCAUAUGGAACUCAGUCUUCAAUUCCAACGUCAACGCCUGCCCCAGUUUAUCAAAAUGCCGGACAGAUGACUUCGCUAGGUUAUGCAUCAAGUAACACACGUACUACUUAUGAUGAACCAGCGGGUCCCUACUUGAAUGUUGGGUCUACGCCAAUACCCGAAGUUACAUCAUUUUCACCUCAGCGGGGAAGUCAGGGUACUACAGUCAGCGUCUACAUAACCACUUUGUACGAGCUCUUGACUUCGAACUCGCCGACUUUCUAUCUGGUGUUUGGACAACAGAAAUGCCAGGCCUCCGUAAGGAAAAUGAACCAGUCUGGAGGAGUUUGCAGUUACGUUGUGACUUGUGAGGUUCCUCAGUUUGCAUCUACAAGUUGGUCCUCUUCCCGGGUACCAGUUUCGAUGUUCAUGGAAGGUGAUGGAGAUGUUAUUUCCAAGGUUGAUGUUGGGGACUUCACAUUCGAAAAUGGCCCACAGUCACUUGAGGGAACUAGAAAAAGGAAGAUCUCGACAGAAUCUGCGGAAUUAAUGAGGAGCCCAGCGAAACGUAAUUCCCAGCAGCUAAAACCGAAAGAGGAGUUUCCUUAUUCAUUUUCAUCGAGCGAUGGCUCCCCCUCAUCAUACUCAUCGUACCUUCAAGCAAGUUCUUCCUACAGUAAUCUGUUGCCUCAAUAUAAUCGAUCCUCCGGUGGCUAUCCAGCGCAAGCUGCUCCUAGAAACAUAGGUUAUGGAUAUGGAAAUUCAUCAACAACUUCGCCACCCACUCUCAAAGCACAUUCUCCGCAUGUAUCUACUUGGAACUCUGGAUAUUCCACGAUUGGCUCAAGUAUGGCGCGAAGCCCAGGUUUACCAUCAAAUUCAAUGCAACGUUCUAAUAUGUCAUCCUUGCCAUCUCCUGGCAACCCAGCUUUGAUAAGAACUUCCACCUUACAAUCUUCAAGUCCGGGUGCUACGCCUCAUGCAGGCCAUACAUACAAUCCUUACCCAAUGUACGCAAACAAAGCAAAAUUGGAAAUCAGCGGGGAUUUGGGUGAUAUGAUGGUAAAUAACUGGACCGCAGAAGAAUGGGAGUCAAAGAGGCGGCUGGUCCAAUUCAAGCGAUCACAAUCUGGAUGCACUAUCACGACAACUUUCAAUUCUAUUUCAGCUGACGAACGACCACCUCAAUCUGUUGUAAUCAGCUGCAUAUAUUGGGAAGAGAAAAAUGAUUGUUAUGUCACAAGCGUUGAUACUAUUACCCUAUUGGAAGCGUUAGUGGCAGCAAAGUUCACCGUGGAAGAGAAGAACAGAAUACGGAGAAAUCUAGAAGGUUUCCGACCCGCAACUGUGUCUAAGGCAAAGCCUGAUAGCGAGGAGUUCUUUAAAGUUAUCAUGGCGUUCCCUAAUCCCAAGCCUCGUAAUAUUGAAAAGGAUGUCAAAGUCUUUCACUGGAAGGAUUUAGGAUCCGCUUUGAAGAAGAUUAUCAGCAAAUAUUCCGCCAGUCCUUCCUCAACCCUUCCACCCGCACAUGCCCCUGCCCUCCUGACACCCGUCAGCUCCACCGGUUACGCUACGGAAACUUCAUCUAGAGCAAUCUCACCACAAAGCCAAAAAUCAAUAAAUUUCCAAGGUGGUCCCCCUGAUCUAAGAAUCGCAGUACCACAUGGUACACAAGAAUCGAGUCAUUGGCCACAAGGAACCACACAUCACAUGCCUACACCACAACAACACUAUCAAGCACAACUUGGAAAUGCGGCAGCUGUAGCAAGCGCUAGAGGCUCAUGGGACUUGUCGAAUUAUCUUGAAAAUAGUCCCGCGACUGCCGCCGGCACUUCGGGGUCAGGGGUGGAUUAUCAAGGUCAAGGCCAACAGCAACAUCAGACGCCGAGAAACGUUGUGGAUGCUUCAAUGGCUGGCGGGGGCAAUGGAAGUCGUACUUUGUCUUCUCUUCAGCAUCAACAACAGAGUCAGCAGAUACCGCGUACGUGA